AUUAUUUAAAAUCCAACUUAAAAUAAACAUUUGGUUUGGUGCUGUGUUUUAUCGGGUGAAUAUUGAGGUAAGAGUUUUCAGAAUGAAAGCAUUUUCUUCAUAGCUUCCCUUCAAAUCGACCCAAAAUUUCACUGAAAAAUGGUCGAAACUUGAAAUCAAGGAAAAAAAGUUUUUAACAAGGUUUUAAACUGGAUGCCUAUAACACGUGACUAGAUUUACAUUACCAUAUCACAUGACCAAUAUCCAAUUCUAAUGUCUUAAGGGUUUUCAAAACGCAAUCUGCACUUCUGCCUAGAUAACAUUAUCAAGUAGAAGUGAUCCAUUUUACAUAAUGAAUGAUAGUUCAGAAGGUAAGGAUGCUUGCUUUUAAUUUACUCCCAGCAAGGCUGACAGUUUAAAGGACAAGUGACAUGCUCUUGGCGCCAUAUUUUUCUUCUUUUAAUUUAAAGUAAAAUGCUGUAUGAGAGUGUUGUUGAAAUAUUUUUCCUUUCUGAUUUCAUUUUCCUACUUAAAAACCCUUCUCAAAUUAUGGCGGGAAAUGAAUCACGUGACACCGUGACGUAGAUUGUGAUAAUUUGUUAUUGCUGCUACUGGUAUACAGUGCAAUAUUAACGUUUACAACACGCUUCUAAACGAAUUCAGUUCGUCUGGACCUGUCGCGUCGUGUUUCGUAAAUCUUCUAUUAAUGACAGGAAAAUUCUGAGUCAUCACAAUGUACGUCAUAGGGUCACGUGAUAAAAAGCAAAAUCGCGCCCCCUGCGCCCCCUGAUUAGAAUUUUUUGUUCUAAACCAGAAAAAUGUUUACUUCUAAAUGAUGAUCUAUAAGUUAAUGAAAAGAAAGGAUAGGGUGAAAAGUGUGUCACUUGUCCUGUCGUGAACAAAGUGCUAAAAUUUUGGGCUACUUUGGUCAAAAUUGAUGUUGAGCACAUUUUAGGGAAGUUUCAAAAGGGCUUUAACAACUAUAUUGAGCCCAUUGGCAUGCUAAAUGUCCUCAGCAAAUGAGUGAUGAACAAUUUUUGGCUGCUGACUCGUUGUUUUCUCCAAAACAUUUGCUCAAUAUGGCAUCGUUUGCCCAAUUUUCUAUCAAUUCUGAGGAUUUGCUCCAUUCUGAGAGAACUUCAGCUGCCCCGGACCCCAUCCUGUAUGCUUUUGUUAGGUUAAAUGCAUAGUAGGCAUUAAUUCCGGAUCUGUUAGGAACUAAAAAGUUUUGUUGGGUAGGCAUGCUAAAAGGCACAGCAAGGUAAUUUAAUUUUUUAAUUUUAAUUUUGGCAAAAACUAGGAUUUAAGCAACCUCAGUUCCUUAUUUCUGUGGCUCUUGUUUGUAAAAAAAGGCACCAGCGCAAGCUUUCUGGUACAUCAGUGGCGGCUGGAGUAAUUCAUAAGAAGAAUCUAGAGCUCGGAUAGACAAAAUAACUGAGUCUGGAGGGUGUGCUUCAAUGUAUUUUAUCCUGGCUAUGCCAAUCUAAGCUCGUGAAUCUCCUUAGUAUGAAUGUAUAUUACUUUGGCUUAAAGGGGAUAAAACACCAACUGAUACAAAUUUUUUGUCGAGUUAUCUAAUUUUCCUGGGCAACAUAUGACUUAAAUUAUUUAGCUACCUUUUUGCUUUGCUUGCAUAUGCAUUAUAUACACAUUCACUUACUUUAACUACGAGUAAGCACUUGGCGAUAAUAAUAAGUAAAACAAACACACUAAAUCAUAAAAUGACAACAACUGAUACUCGCGGUACACAAUGCUGGUAAAUUAGCAAAUAAUGAAUGGUCCUUGAUAAGAUUACAGGUCUUAGAAAGUGUUUUUUCAUAAUGCAGUUGCUAUGGUUAGUGCUUUAUGCCUUGCAUUAGGGAACACCUCCGUUGGCUUCCACGAACACAGAUUUUUGGGCCAAUUCAAAACGAUCGCUCUAUUUUAGAUAUGUAGAUGAUAUUUUCGCUAUCUUAAGCUCAGAUCAGGAGUGUGACUGUUUCUUAGAAAAACUUAAUAUGCUGCAUCUAGCUCUUAAAUUCGCCAUUGAAAAUAAGAAAAAGACCUCUUAAAAUUUUUUAGACGUUAUGUUGCAAAAAGAAGGACUUGGGUUGCUUACCUGUGUUACAGGAAGCCAACAUUUUCUGGGCAAUAUAUUCGUUGGAAUUCCCUUAGUUUAAUUAAAAGAACACAGAACACAGAGCAUUUAUGAUCUGAUCUUAGACUAGAACGGGUUCUAGAGCUUGACAAAAUCAAGGAAAUUCUUCUGGGUAAUGGCUACCAUUAUUGCCAAAAGUACUUGGAACACCAAGCAAUUUGCCUUUUUUUAUAUUUUUCAAUCGUUUCCCGGAUACUCCUAUUUCCGCACCCAUUUCCCUCCGAAAAAAUGUUGAUAAUUUAGAAAUGGAUCAAAAAAGAAGCGCAAAAGAAAGUGCUUCCUAAAAUCCUAACCCGUUUUAUAGUAAACCAGCAUUGUUCUGUUGGGGGGAGGGUGAUUGAUUUUGAUCUUGCAAAUUGACGUCAGUGUUCCAAGGCCUUUGGCAGGGAUUGUACACUGAAAUGUCAUCUCGACUUGUUCUAGGCAAAAAAUCGCUAGUUAUUUGGCAGGGGAAAUUUUGGUCUUCAAAAGUGCCUUGUUUAUCUAGAAAUGCCCUGAAUUUCUAGAAAUUUGAAAGCCUCGUGUGGUCUAUAUUAGUAAUGUCAUGCUCUCAUCAAUUCAAAAGCAUUCCGUUCCUGCCAAUCUAAAAGUUUAGUCGUUUAUGAAUUUUCGUGAAGAUGUAAAACUCUGUAUGUAGGACGCAAUAGUCACCUAUUAGCCGAUAAGAUAAAACAGUUCCUGCGAGCAUCAGGUUUAAAACGGUUCUGAAAAGAAAACAGCCACGGCAUAUUUUCAAAAACCAAAAUGCGCAAAUAAUUCGGCAAUUUUUCGCUCACAAAACCAGAGUGCGCCAAAACAUAUUGUGACGACAGUUUCAAGUUCAUUGGGCAAACAAGGUCGUCUUUUCAAUUAGGCUUCUUGGAAUCUGUUUACAUCAAAACAAAGGAUCCCGGCUUGUGCAGACAGAAAGAGUUCACUUUUUGUCUUGGACACUUCAAUUAGAUGAGAGAUUAACGGCUGCGAAAACAAAGAUUGGUCGAAAACAAAGAACCAAUCAAAAGUGCUAUUCGUCCUCUCAUGUUACUUGCGAUCAGCAUUUUUUGCUUAGCUUUGCACAUUAUAUGACGUUUAUACUCUGACGCAGAGUCAAGAAAUAUUUUCAACCUUGGUCCGGCCAAGGAAAUCAUACUAUGAAACCUUCCUCGUGUUUAAUAGGUUCAGAAUAGGCUUGGUAAAAAAAUUGGGUACUCAACUGGUCUUGACUCCCUCUCCUUGCAACUCGGUUUUUCCAAAACAUUUUAAAAAUUUGUAGCAUAUUUUCAAUAAUAGAAAGUUUUUGAGACAGAUGUAAAGUGUGUAGAUGUUAAAGCCUGAAUUUUACAGUGCAAAGCAAUUUUGCAAACACAUUCAUGUUAAAAAACAUCAGGCUUAUAAAUAUUAUUUUAUUUUUUUAUAUUUCGUCUGACUGUAUUUUGACAGCCAUGGACAAUGCGAAUUCAAUACUGUUACCUUCCUCAAUUUCUUUUUGCUUAAUUAAUCUUCCUCCGGCCAGUGGCCGUGGGGCCGUGAUGUUUUCCUGACUCUCCUCUGACGUGUGUCGGACGGACGAACAGUAAUUUGGUACGAUAUGAUAUGUUUCCGCUUUUCUGUGGUGCUAUUUCAAAUAAUGCAAUUGUAGGUUGUUGACUGUUCGGAACUAUCAUCCUACCAGAUGCGAAAUUUGAGGGAAGACUUGAUGAUAGACAUCAAGUAAAUGAUCUAUAGUUUAGGCCUAAGUUCGAACCUGGAUUCUGAUCCGGGUCAUCUCUAGACAUUUUCAGGGAGAUUGCUAUGUAGAUUUCAUAACGCAAACAUUUGUAACUUCGAUUUAAAAUGGGAGAGGUCCAUAAUUGAACAACCAGCUCUGACGCAACUGUGCCACAAACUUUGGUAUUUCACUGUUUUUAACCUUUGUGCUUUAAGGAAAAUCCAUCCAAAAUCUAGCUUUUUUCAAAUUUGUCGAGAAAGUAUUUCGAGUAACCAGCACCCGUUCAAAAACUUCUUGAUUGCAAAUUGGUUUUGUUUUUGUAGCUAAGGAACAAGUUAAAAGGAUCAGUGCUCAUAUCUUUUGAUGAUUAGUGUCGCAAUCAAGUAGCCACCGCUGACCGCAGUAGCAUUUGUAGCGUCCAUCAUUCUCCUCAGACAGGACAACAAUGGCGUCGUCAAGAUAAAAUAUGAUGGCUUCUUAGAAAUCAGUUAUAUAUACUUCCUGACAGUCUGUUUGAAGUGUUAUAAAGGGUCUGCUCGUUAUUGUAAAAACAAUGCAAUCAAAAUAUGAAUAAAUAUGAUCGCCAUUUUGUGCCGACUCAUGACCUGCUCUUCUACAGGUCAACAAUAAGAGUCAUGACAUUUAUGACACCAUGUAUCAAAGUUUGUUCAAUAAUUCAUAAAUCCUUCUCGUUUUAUCGGCUAUCUCAGCAUUCUGUACCGAUACAGCAAGCUGGGUCAAAUGUGAGGUCUCUGGAACGAUCGAGGGGCCCCUAAAACACUCGUAUAAAUACAUUUACUAAAAGCACAAAAUUUCUAAUUAAGAUUUCCUUUUAUAUUUGUCUUAAUGGAUUCAUAAUGCCCGACAAUAUCAAUAGUAAUUAAAUCAGAUGAAACAUUGUAUAAGAUGUAUCAGAUGAAACAUUGAUAGCACAUAUUACAUAGAAUUUUCCUAGGCAUACAUAACAGAAAUUUCUAUGUUUCAAAAUGUUCACAAUCAAAGGUAAUGACGUCACUAUUGAAAAUCGUUAGCGAAAAAAAAUAAAUAGGAUUUUAGUAUCUUUGGAGUAUGUUGGACAAGUAUUAUCAUUUUUAGUUGACUAGAAAGUUACAAUACAUAUUACUGUCUACACUAUUAACAAGAACUACCUUACAAUAUUACUGUGACGAAAACCCCCGGGGAGCAAAAGACUGUGUCUACCCCAAGGGCAUUAACAUAUACACAUAAAUAUAAGAAUAGGAAAUAAAAAUAAAAAUACGUUACAGAAAAAAAAAUGGUUACGUGGUGUACAUUUUAAUUUGAAACGAAUUUAUUCAAACCAACUAGUAUUGCAGAUGAGUUGUAGAGUCAAGUUGAGAAUGUUUCUAUUGACUUUUCUAUUGACUAUUGACAAGUUGAAAAUAGCACGACAGAUCAAUAAUGAAUGAUCUGAACUCCAGCCUGGACUCCAGCAAGGACCAUCUCUUGGGCCGAUAUUGUUUCGCACGCUUCAAAAAUUUCUCUGAAUUUGAGCUGAUGCAUUUACGUAAGCAGUUUUCUAGACACGACAUUCCAUGAAACAAAAAUGACAAUAUCAUUAUGAGUCGAAGACAUGGCGACAUGAAGUAGAAACAAAAUCUUUCAAACUUUUAUGCAUGGUUGCUUAUCCUAUUGUGGUGGUGUUAAAAAAGUCGGGUUGUGUUGAAAUUCGUUGCGUUUUGAGUUGUGGUUGCUUUACGCAUAUAUAGCGCUUUUACACAAUCAGUGACUCAUACGAUAUAAAGCUGCUACGUUCACAACAGGAGCUAUUCACAUAAUUUCAAUAAAAACCUUACAUUAUAUUUUCUUUUCUUUCAUAUGCCCCAUCUACAACUUUGCGACAUAUCGUUAUCUUCAUGCAUUAAUUUCAAUGGCUACUCAACAAAAGUCGGAGAAUCCUAAUUCAUAAAACAGGUGGACGAAGGAUCCUUCUCGGAAAAUUGUCUGUCUUCUCGCAUCUAUAGAUUUGGACUUCUUGUUUGGGUGAAAAUUUUUCUUUUGAAAAUACGUUCACUAUUGACAUGUUUCGCGAUUUACUUUAUAACCAAGGCUAAAAUUAGUAGAAGCAGGCAUCCAUGUCAAUGUAUGUGACAGCCAGAAUAGAAUAUUGCGUGGUUGCCGGAACGGUUUUACAAAUAGGUUCUAUAUAACGACAUGUAUGGAAAAACAAUAAACUUGUCUGUAGAAUCGAUUGACCUAGAACACAGUAGAUCUAACCGGAUUGUUUUAGAAAAUCUACUUGAUUUCACGUUAGCUGCUUGUAAAGAAAUUUCACUGUCGAGUGUCUGUUAACAAGUUUAUCCUAUAAACUUUGACCUGGUUUAAUACCGAUGUCUCUGAUAGCUUGACACUUACUUAACGUAUUCCUUGAUAAACUAAUCGUCUCAAACGUGUUAGGCUCUCGAGAUAAAUGUAUACACAUACAUAUGUGGUUGUCAGUGAAAAUAAUUGAUUGCGUGAACAAUGAUCUCGACAUCUGCACACACUUGACUUUCUAAAGGAACGUAGAAACAAAAGAAGCUCAUAAGAAGGCAUAAAGACCUCAUAUUUGCAUUCCCUUUACAGAUGCAGGGACAUGUGGACAAUUUUUGGUGAGUUUGUAAUGGUGCUUACGCAAUUGAUAUGUGAUAGACGCUCAGAAUCAAUUUGUUCUUGACUGUUCAUGGGUUCGAUUCAGUAGCACGUGCUCUUAUCAUGAUCAUUAUAAAUAUAAAACAAGCAGCAGGUAAAUGAGUCAAACCAAUCGAAAAAGAAAUAUACUGCUUACAAACGGACAAAGCGUGACACGAAAUUAGUGAAAUGCAAGAGUAGGAGGCUUUUUGUAAAAAGUUCGUGUGAAGAAGUCGUUACCAAGAAAAGCAUCUUGAACUGAGAGACAAAACAGAGAGAUAAUUUUAUGACACCUUACAUCUGACAAAAUGUUGAGAAAAAUCGUGGCGAAAAAGAUGGAGGACGGGGAUGUGAAAUCGGAGUUGGUUCCUCUGACCCAAGUCGAACCGGCUGAUAAAUCUCAGAGUAACAACAACGGAAGUGUGAUAAAUAACCCGCUGUCAACUGUGGGUGGGUCCAGCAGCGGCAUUGCGCAACCAAGCAACAGCCAAUCAGGCACGAGCAACGGUGUUCCCGGGCUAAACAUAGCAGAGCUUGGAAUACUUCGGAAUGUUGUUAGCAAAUGGAAAAGUUUCAGCACAAAAAGAAAGGAGACUGGGGACAAGUCAAGUAUGUACCGCAAAGGUCCGGCUCCGUUAGAUGAACCGGGUAAAAAAAAGCGACGGACGGUUUUAAGAUGUACGCACGGUACAUUGGACAGUGAUGUUGAAUCUGUAGGUGACUCGGACCUCGAUUUAGAUACUGAUAAUAAUUCUCUUGCGAGUAGUAAAGGACUCAUUUUGUACUUUGCAAAAUUAGCAACGUCUCGCGAUGAAGAAGAGACUGUAGAUUUACAGUUUGUAUAUUCGUUGUUACAAGGAGGUGCGGACAUUAAUUUCACGGACAAACACGGACAAACAAUUCUACACGAGAUUGCUAGAGCAUGGCAUUCAGAUGUAGCUAAAUUUUUAUUGACACAUGGGGCAGAUAUUAAUAAAGGGGACAAAUUUGGAAGGACGCCACUGCAUCUAGCAGCAUCUGUUGGCUACACAGAUAUGAUUAUUUUUCUCGCGGAAAACGGCGCUAAUAUAAAUGCGAGGACAGCAAGGGAGAUGCAAACGCCUAUACAUUACGCUGCCAAAAACAAUUCAGUUCCUAGUUUGAGAACUUUGAUAAAGCUAGGAGCAAGUAUAAAUGACAGGGAUUACAAAAGCCGGACGCCCUUGUUUGUGGCGGCGGAAUCAGGCAGGACCGAGGCUGCACGAUUUCUUUUGGAGGCUGGGUCCCCCGCAGCAAUCUACGAUGACAUGGGCAACUCCUGCUUGUCACUUAUGGUGGAAAAAAUGCCAGGUAUUGCAAUCGAGGCUCUGGAGCAAUUUCAUAGUAUGGACAGAGCACUGAGAAAGAAAUACUAUUAUCUCAACUACUUGGAGAAAAUGAGUGCAACAGAUGAUGGGGAGAAUAGCGAAGGAUCCGCCAAGACAGCUCUGCAGGUGAUUGUUCAGUAUUCUGAGCUGGAGCUAAUCAUGCAUCCAGCCAUCCGAAGACUCCUCGACGUGAAAUGGGAUCUGUUCGGGAAGUGGUCAUCGAUAUGGAUCGUGCUCGUGAACAUGAUUUACACAGUGAUAUGGACAGUUCUUGGGCUCAUGCUUCCACGUGAUGGAAACUAUUACAGGCCCUUAUCAAAACAUUGGUGGCGACUGGUGCUGGAAUGCAUUGGAUGUAUCAUGACUGUUUAUUUCAUUCUGACGCAAGUACUUGAUGCAAGAAAUGUCGAGAAGAGAGAAAAUGUAUAUAAAGAAUGGAGAGCUAAGCAAGUGGAAAGAGACUUAGAAAACUGCCAUCCAAGAUGGCCGGAGGAAAGACGCUACUUAGAAGGCGAGCUUGAAAGAAUACGCAGAAAUACUCGCGGGACGUACUUCAGAAACGCGUGGAAUAUUAUAGAUUGGGUCACCCACGUAGCUGUUCUUAUGGUCGUUAUAACAAGAGUAAUAACAGUGUUAUGGAGGGACGAAAAGUCUGACAAAAUACACCCGAAAGUAUUCGCACUGUCAUUAAUUCUAAUAUGGAUGAGACUAAUGAAAGCAUGCAGGGCAUUCAAGGCCCUUGGUCCAUUUAUUACACUGUUAGGCCAUGUUGUUGAGGAUACGCUUAAGUUUGCAUUUUUAUACUUUGAGUUCUUUAUACCAUAUUGCUGCGCAUUUUGGAUUAUAUUUGGUGGACCAGAAAACGCAGCUAUUAUGGAGGCAGCUGGCAAGAGUUCAGACGGCUGGAAAUACUUCAAUGAUCUGGUUUAUUCAGUAUUUGAAAUAACGCUUGUUGGUAACUAUCCAUGGGAGUCGCUGCUGGCAAUUGACAGGUUAAUGGCACAGUUUCUUGUAGGAACAUACCUUGCAAUGUCAGCAGUGGUCUGUCUGAAUCUGUACAUUGCACUGAUGUCGGACACUUUCGCACGCGUGUACGAGAAUGCCAAAGCUAAUGCCAUAAUGCAACAAGCAAUGCAGAUACUUAAUAUCGAAAGAACCCUUAGCAAGAAGAAGCUGCAGAAAGUCAAAAGGUUCAUCGCAGUCGAGUGUGCACCUCAGGAAGUGUAUUGCGCAAAUGAAGAAACAGAACAAGGACCCUCAAAUCGUAACGCACAGAUAAUGCAUCACGUUGACACAACCUCCGAAAUCUUAAAGGAAAUGAUAAGAGAAGUGCGAAAUGAUAUCGCCGAAGUUUCAAAGCAGUCCGGACGCAAUGGACCUCGUAAGGGUGCGUCCGCCUCUGAUAUUAUGAUUCAGAAAGAGGCUCGCGAAUGGCGCGAAAAAAUUGACAUUCAAAUUCUUGAAAUAAUGAACGCAAUGUCUGAUUUGAGAAAAUCUCAAGAGAUGAUGAUGCGGGUGAUUAAACGGCGGCAAAGUUCGAUAAGUUCACAAGGUGAUAUAGGUGACAUGUUGAAAGUCGAAUCAACAUCGUCCACAUUGAAGAAGAAGAAGAAAAAGAAAACUAUAGACAGUUUUGAGCGGUCCACCAGUGAGCCUACAGCAGAGGAUGGUAAAAAGAAGAGUUCGAAAACAAAGAAAGCAACUUGAUUGAUCGGGUCACAGUGAUGGGCCUAAGAGCUUCACUGUACCCUAAUGCAAAACCUUAGUGCUAAUGCCAUUUUGUAACAAGUAAAUUAGCAGAAAUUUCCAUACAAAUUUGCAACCUAAAGACCAGGCUGAUACUUUGAAGUGGUUAUGAAGAUAUGAAGAAAGUAUAAGAAACCCCGCAGCACUGCAGAAAAGAUUUUCGGAGGGCGUUUUAACAGAAAAAAAAUAUUGUA